UGAAAUGGAGGAGACACAGCUACCGUCUUAAGCUAUCAUCAAACAUCGAAAUCAGAAAGAGAGCGUUUUGAGAGAGAAAUAAAAUGUCUGGAGUUGGACCAAUAUCACAGGAUUGGGAACCAGUGGUGAUUCGCAAGAAGGCUCCCAACGCCGCCGCCAAGAAGGACCAGAAGGUCGUCAACGCCGCUCGACGUUCCGGCGCCGACAUUGAAACUAUCAAAAAAUCAAAUGCUGGUACAAACAAAGCUGCCUCCAGCAGCACUUCUUUAAACACAAGGAAGCUUGAUGAAGAAACAGAGAACCUAACUCAUGAUCGAGUUCCAACCGAACUGAAGAAAGCUAUCAUGCAGGCUCGAAUGGACAAGAAACUUACCCAGUCUCAACUUGCCCAGUUGAUCAAUGAGAAGCCUCAGAUAAUACAAGAGUACGAGUCUGGAAAAGCAAUUCCAAAUCAACAGAUAAUAGGCAAACUGGAGAGGGCUCUUGGUGUGAAGCUGCGAGGGAAGAAGUGAAAACUGACUUAAGAUGUAGCUCGGAGCUAUGAAGAAGUUAUCUAAGCGUCUUUAGAGUCUUACCGCUGGUGGUGGUGUACAUGAACUUUUUCUACCAUUGUUAUGGCUCGCAUGUAAGAAACAUGAUCUUUGCUUUGUGUGGAGACUUAUGAUGUUGGAGUUGGAGUUUGAAUUUGUCCUUGCAUGCACGUUCUCUUUUUUCUCAUGAAUUUAUUUGUUUUUUCA